GUCUCCUCUCGCCGGCCGCUGCGCUCGGCGGCGCGGAAUAGAAUGAACUGUAACAAAACAAGCCGAGCCUUUGUAUCUGCUUAAAGGGGCCGCGGGCACUUCCCUCCCGUCCCCCUCCACCCCGGCUCCGCAACCGCGUCUCCAGGGCUCCCAGCAACUGGCUGGAAGGGCUUCCCUCACCCUCAGGAACAGCCCGCCAGCGAGGAAAGGCGAGCCAGGCGGGAGGCAAAGAGGACACCGCGUUUCUAAGAGGCAAGAAAGAAAGGAAGGAAGGAAAAAAAUAACCCGAGCGGCGCAGAGUGGACUCUGGUCCCGGAGAGCACGGUCGGGCGCCGGAACGUGGACCUAGAGGCACCGGAAUGCAAACAAAGCUCGCGGGCGCUUGUGCAGGGCUCGCGGGGAAGCCCAGAAAGUUUGUUUUAUGAUGGCUUGAGUGCGCGAGUGUGUGCAGGGGAGCGAGGCUGCCAAGUUUCUCUCUCCCGUUGCCUUAUUUGAGGGGAGAUGUCUCUCCCAUGAACCAGCGGAGGCUUGGGGGCUUGUGCUGUGGGGGGCACCUGUCUCUCAUUUUCUGAUUUUUUUUGGGGGGGGAGGAGGGGUGUAACUCAUCAUGUCGAAAGUGAUCCAGAAGAAGAACCACUGGACUAGCAAGGUUCACGAAUGCACCGUGAAGCGGGGACCCCAGGGCGAGCUUGGGGUGACGGUGCUCGGGGGCGCGGAGAACGGGGAGUUUCCGUAUGUCGGAGCGGUGGCGGCGGCGGGGCUCCCCGGCGGCGGCGAGGGCCCGAGACUGGGCGAGGGGGAGCUGCUUCUGGAGGUGCAGGGGAUCCGGGUGUCCGGCUUGCCCCGCUAUGACGUGCUGGGAGUCAUCGACAGCUGCAAGGAGGCCGUCACCUUCAAAGCCGUCAGACAAGGAGGAAAGCUGAACAAGGACCUGCGACAUUUUCUCAAUCAGCGGUUCCAGAAAGGGUCUCCUGAUCAUGAGCUCCAGCAGACCAUAAGGGACAACCUUUACCGCCAUGCUGUGCCUUGCACAACCCGAUCUCCAAGAGAAGGAGAAGUGCCUGGCGUGGACUAUAACUUUCUGACUGUGAAGGAGUUCUUGGACCUUGAGCAGAGUGGGACUCUUCUGGAAGUUGGCACCUAUGAAGGAAACUAUUAUGGGACACCCAAACCUCCUAGCCAGCCAGUCAGUGGGAAAGUGAUCACGACGGAUGCCUUGCAAAGCCUUCAGUCUGGCUCCAAGCAGUCCACCCCAAAGCGAACCAAGUCCUACAAUGAUAUGCAAAAUGCUGGCAUAGUCCCUGCGGAGAAUGAGGAGGAGGAUGACGUUCCUGAAAUGAGCAGUAGCUUUACAGCCGAUUCUGGUGACCAAGAAGAGCACACUCUCCAAGAAACAACGCUACCACCUGUGAAUAGUAGCAUCAUCGCUGCUCCCAUCACGGACCCUUCUCAGAAGUUCCCUCAAUACCUACCUCUUUCUGCAGAGGAUAAUUUAGGUCCUCUACCUGAAAACUGGGAGAUGGCCUAUACCGAAAAUGGAGAAGUCUAUUUUAUAGACCAUAAUACAAAAACAACAUCUUGGUUAGACCCUCGGUGCCUGAACAAGCAGCAGAAGCCUCUGGAAGAGUGUGAAGAUGAUGAAGAAGGGGUCCACACCGAGGAGCUGGACAGUGAACUAGAACUGCCUGCUGGUUGGGAAAAGAUUGAAGACCCUGUCUAUGGUAUCUACUAUGUAGACCACAUCAACAGGAAGACACAAUAUGAGAACCCGGUUUUAGAAGCCAAACGGAAGAAGCAGAUUGAGCAGCAGCAGCAGCAGCAGCAACAGCAACAGCAGCAGCCAGAAGAAUGGACAGAAGACCAUUCAUCGCUUGUGCCUCCUGUAAUUCCAAACCACCCCCCAAGCAAUCCGGAGCCAGCCAGAGAAGCUCCGCUUCAGGGCAAACCCUUUUUUACACGAAACCCUUCUGAGUUGAAAGGCAAGUUCAUUCACACAAAGCUGCGGAAAAGCAGUCGUGGCUUUGGCUUCACGGUUGUUGGAGGGGAUGAACCUGACGAGUUUCUGCAGAUCAAGAGCUUGGUCCUCGAUGGUCCCGCCGCGUUGGACGGCAAGAUGGAAACAGGAGAUGUAAUUGUCAGUGUGAACGACACCUGUGUUUUGGGACACACACAUGCGCAAGUUGUGAAAAUCUUUCAGUCCAUUCCCAUUGGUGCCAGUGUGGACCUUGAACUCUGCCGAGGUUAUCCAUUGCCUUUUGACCCAGAUGACCCCAAUACGAGUUUAGUGACCUCGGUGGCCAUUUUGGAUAAAGAACCAAUUAUUGUGAAUGGGCAAGAGACCUAUGAUUCGCCAGCUAGUCACAGUAGUAAAACAGGCAAAGUCAACGGCAUGAAGGAUGCCAGGCCAAGCAGCCCGGCUGACGUGGCUUCGAAUGGUUCCCAUGGUUACCCCAAUGACACUGUCUCUUUGGCUUCCUCCAUAGCCACUCAGCCGGAACUCAUAACUGUUCAUAUAGUCAAAGGGCCAAUGGGCUUUGGUUUUACCAUCGCAGACAGUCCUGGUGGUGGCGGCCAAAGGGUGAAACAGAUUGUUGACAGUCCAAGGUGCCGAGGCCUGAAAGAAGGGGAUCUUAUAGUGGAAGUUAAUAAGAAGAACGUGCAGGCACUGACUCACAACCAAGUUGUGGAUAUGCUGAUUGAAUGUCCGAAGGGAAGUGAGGUCACGUUGUUGGUGCAACGAGGAGGGCUGCCCGUUCCCAAGAAGAGCCCAAAGUCGCAACCACUGGAAAGAAAAGACAGCCAGAAUAGUUCUCAGCACAGUGUCUCCAGCCACCGAAGCCUGCACACGGCGUCCCCAAGCCACGGCACACAGGUGCUCCCCGAGUACCCACCUCCUGCAGAGGCUCCAGCUCCUGAUCAAACCGACAGCUCUGGGCAGAAAAAACCAGAUCCUUUUAAAAUCUGGGCCCAGUCCAGGAGCAUGUAUGAAAACCGACUUCCAGAUUACCAAGAACAGGACAUCUUCCUCUGGAGAAAAGAGACUGGAUUUGGAUUUAGGAUUCUGGGUGGAAAUGAACCGGGGGAACCUAUUUAUAUUGGUCACAUUGUCCCAUUGGGUGCUGCUGAUACAGACGGCCGCCUGAGGUCUGGGGAUGAAUUAAUCUGUGUGGAUGGGACACCAGUAAUUGGAAAAUCACACCAGCUUGUGGUCCAGCUUAUGCAACAAGCUGCCAAGCAAGGCCACGUCAACCUCACAGUGCGGCGCAAAGUGGUAUUCACGGUCCCCAAAACAGAGAACGAGGUGCCCUCGCCAGCCUCAUCUCAUCACAGUAGCAACCAGCCGGCCUCACUGACCGAGGAGAAGCGCACCCCGCAGGGCAGCCAGAAUUCCUUGAACACGGUGAGCUCGGGCAGUGGCAGCACCAGCGGCAUCGGCAGCGGCGGAGGCGGUGGCAGCGGUGUGGUGAGCACCGUGGUGCAGCCCUACGACGUGGAGAUCCGGCGCGGGGAGAACGAGGGCUUCGGCUUUGUCAUCGUGUCGUCGGUGAGCAGGCCCGAGGCGGGCACGACUUUCGCAGGCAAUGCAUGUGUGGCUAUGCCUCACAAAAUAGGUCGGAUUAUUGAGGGGAGCCCUGCUGACCGAUGUGGCAAGCUGAAAGUAGGAGACCGGAUCUUGGCAGUAAAUGGAUGUUCCAUCACCAACAAGUCCCAUUCAGACAUUGUCAACCUAAUCAAGGAAGCGGGAAACACAGUUACCCUCCGCAUCAUUCCUGGGGAUGAGUCUUCGAAUGCCACUUUGCUGACCAAUGCGGAGAAGAUUGCCACCAUCACCACCACACACACCCCUUCUCAGCAGGGGCCCCAGGAGACCAGGAGUACCACCAAACCAAAGCCGGAAUCUCAGUUUGAGUUCAAAGCACCCCAGGCAACACAGGAGCAAGAUUUUUACACUGUGGAACUGGAAAGAGGAGCCAAGGGAUUUGGCUUCAGUCUUCGAGGGGGCCGAGAGUAUAACAUGGACCUCUAUGUUCUGCGCUUAGCAGAGGAUGGUCCUGCAGAAAGGUGUGGAAAGAUGAGGAUUGGUGAUGAAAUUUUAGAGAUCAAUGGGGAGACCACCAAAAACAUGAAGCAUUCUCGGGCUAUAGAACUGAUUAAGAAUGGUGGCCGCAGGGUGCGUCUGUUUCUGAAGCGAGGAGAUGGCUCGGUACCAGAAUAUGACCCCAGCAGCGACCGGAACGGCCCCCCCGCCGGUCCACAAGGUGUUCCGGAAGUGAGGGCCGGGCCAUCCGACCGCCGACAGCAUCCAUCAUUGGAGUCCAGUUAUCCACCCGAUCUUCACAAAUCAUCACAACAUGGGGAAAAGCGGGCACACGUGAAAGAUCCAAAAAGCAGCAGAGAGUAUAACAGACAACCCAAUGAACAUCACACAUGGAAUGGAACUUCUAGAAAACCCGACAGUGGGGCAUGCCGACCCAAGGACCGGGCACCGGAGGGACGAAGAGAUGCACAGCCUGAGCGGAUGGUGACCAAUGGCCCCAAGAGGAGAUCUCCAGAGAAGCGGAGGGAAGGCACCCGGAGCGCUGACAAUACUUUGGAGAGGAGGGAGAAGCAUGAGAAGAGAAGAGAGAUUUCUCCUGAGAGGAGGCGAGAGCGGUCACCGACCCGCAGAAGAGACAGCUCGCCCAGCCGUCGGAGGAGGUCUCUCGAAAGACUCUUGGAUCAGAGAAGGUCUCCAGAGCGAAGGAGAGGGAGCUCGCCUGAAAGGAGAGCAAAAUCAACCGACCGGAGGCGAGCAAGGUCCCCCGAGCGGAGGCGAGAGCGGUCACUUGAGAAAAGGAACAGAGAGGACAAAGUCAGCCACCGAGAAAGGGAAGAGACGAAUCUGAAACAGGAUGCCGGCAGAAGUUCCAGACAUCCCCCGGAGCAGAGAAGGCGACCUUAUAAAGAAUGUAGCACCGACCUCAGUAUCUGAGACUCUGAAUCACAUUCCAACCUUUACCGUGUCAAAGGUUCUAAGAGGAAGGUCACAAACUUGAAAUAAUUUAGUUUCUUACCUAAUGAAGCAUCUGACACCUGAUAAUCCUAUGAAUAGCAACAAACAUUUUAUGAUUUGAAAUCUUAUAAGAAAAAAUAUAUAUGAAAAGUGUUGUGCCUGAUGUAUAAUAUUAAAGAAAGUAUUUUUAAAUGCAUACUUUUUUGGAAAUUAUUUGCCAAAUGCUGCCCCAAAGGGAUAUAAAUUUUGUUUCUACAUAAACUGUAGAAUUGUCAAGAAUUGUUCCCUUUUUGGGGCAAUCUUUUUCUCUCCUGGUUAAAUGGGGCUGUUGAUCAUUUUCUCUACGUAAGGGAAAUUACUAAGUUUAAUUUGAUGUAGACUGUUAUGUAGUGAUGUAGUGCUGUACUGUACUUAGGAGUUUUUCUUAAAAAAGAAAAGGAGCAAAAAGGCAAAAGUUCUAUUUGUGAAAGCUGAGGACUCUUUGGGAUGGGUUAGGAUUGUCAAUGAUCCUAAAAUUAAGCAAACUGUGUGAAGAGACUACUAUUGCAAAUGAAGGAUAUUUAUAGCUAAACUACACAGCACAAAGCAAUGUUAGCUUCUUGACUUAUAGACGGUUUAGAAAACAGUUGGUACUCUCCCUCGUCGCCUAAAGGCGCAGAGGAGAAAGUUGGCCUCCGUUGCCCAAAUGCAGCCCAAGCACAGUUGGUUAGGUUCAUUAGCAUCACCAACAUCUAAUAAGAUCUCAUUAAGGCAGUGCCAUCACAGCUUUGCUCAACUACUAGAAGGAAUGGACAACGCGUAUCUUCUAUGUUAUCCUGUCUGAUUUGAGACCGAAUAGUAGAUGGAAUGAGGGACAGUGUGCCCAGUGUGAGGGAGCCGGAAGAAUCCCCAAUAUGGAAAGUAUGUUCCCCCUUGUUAGCAUAAGCCGGAGGUUGCCCUUUGCCAAAUUGAGGAGGAGGGAAUGAGCUGUAGUGGAAGAUACCUCUCUGUUGAUAUUUAAAGAAGUGAGGGUUGGGGAUGCUUCUUCUUAGAAAUGCCAAUUUCCCUUUGAAUCCAUAAUAAAAGUCUCCAUGAUGAUUGAAGGGGAAAGAAGGAUGCAAUCCCAGUGGUUCUAGAUCUAGUUGGCAAACCUCUGUCCUCAUGACCCUGUCCUUUGAGUCUUUGGACAGCAGAACAAAACAUAGUGAUUUUUCUUUUUAAAAAGACUCCUUCUUUUGCAAUCCCACAGGAGGUGUGGUUGGGUCGGCUGUAGCCCCGGGAUGUGGUUGAAAUGGAUUACUGCCUAGCUGAGCCAAAACGUUUGCUUGUACCUGUUGGACCACUACAGCAAACCGCUGCUUACGAUGCAUUGUGUAUUUCUGUAGUACUGUUUUGCAUUUUCCAUACAGACACAAAACUUUGCAAGUCAAUCACUGUUGUUCUCAUGGUACUGUUUAAAAAAAAAAAGGAAAAAGGAAAAAAAAGCAAACGGAGAAAACCAGCCAAUCAUUGUGUGUACAGAGUUAAAAAUUGUAAUUAAUAGAGCCUGUUUAAAAAAAAAACAACUGUUGCCUUUUUUUCUUGUAUAAAAGAGAAUUUAUGACAAAAAAUUUAGCUGUGAGAAAUGUGAUUUGUGUUUAUAUUUCUGAAUAUGGAACAAAUUGAUUCAUUGGGAUAUAUUUUAAUGUAAACUAAAUCAGGUAUGUAAAGCUGUUUUAAAAUGGGAGACUAUAUAAGUGAUUCUCUAAAGCUUUAGUUGGUUUGCAUAUCCUCAUUUCCUCCGUGGUGAGCCUGCUAGUGAGUUAUUGAGCACUUGUUGGCGUUCUCUGUUCUUCACUCAUUUCUUGCAGUGUGCUAUGGACUUAAUGCUCUUUCUGUAUUGAUGAAAAGCAGUAUGUGGGCCAAUCUUUUUAUAAAACACUAUGCAUAUAUAAAUAUUACAUCGUUCAUAGCUUUAUUUGACUUAUGGGUUUAUACAUAACAUUAGAAUGAGUAGCUGUAGUUGUCUGGACAUGCACAAAGCAAGUUCCUUUCCUGGAACAGACACAAUGUACAUUCUAUAGCUAAAAAAGGAGGAAGUCUGUGACAGCUAUUUUUGUUAUUCAAGUUUUCCAUACAAAGCAUACGUGGAGCUGUAGUAGUAAGGCUGAGAGAGAAUACAACUGAAUAAUGAUGUUCUUUUUCAUUGAUUUCCUAAGAGCCGACUUGGGGAUUUUAUUCUCACGGCUUCACUGCUAGGAAUUGUCUCACUGUUUUUAGCAAAAUCUGUGAUGUUAAAUGAUCGAUGCUCUCAUUGUGGUCCAGAGUUUUAGAUAAAUGAAAUCAAGGUGGAUUUUUGGAGUACAUCGUGAAGUUAACAUCUUGACGUCUUUCUUGUUGUCAGAGAGGAUAUUUGACAUUUUAAAAUCUAUGUGCUACUCAUCUGGGCUUGGCUCAGUCCUUGAAGACUUUUGGUGUGGCGGUUUCAUCUGAUUGCCACGCAUCAGAUUUGCUUUGGAAAUAUUGUACUGUACAGGGACUAUGCAUUAAGCAGAAAGAUAGAGUUUUCUCUGAACUACUGUAACCUUAAAUUGGAGACUGAUUCUUGUGAGCCUACUUUCCCGAAUCCCCCACUUCAUGUAAAUGUCUUGAUGAAAGAUGAUGGAUGAGUAUUUUGUAUGAUUAAAUCAAACCAUUUAGGAAUUCCCCUCCCACCCAUUACACAGUUGAUGCCUGAAAGAAUGUUGGGGGGAGAACUCAACACCCUACUUGUAUUUUUUAAGUUUCUUUUGUGAAAGAUUUUUUAAUGCAUUUUUACUGUAAAAAUACAUGGAAAUGUAUGCAUUCCAUAA